GAUCACUGUAAGAGAUAAAAAACGAUAUGUCGUUUACUAAAUGAUUCAAAUUCUCAAAAAUAACCGAAAUAACUUCCUUUUCUUUCUCCUUAUACUUUCCUUGCCUCUUAAACUCAUCCUUCCCUCUCUCUCUCUCUAGAAAGAACGAACCAGUAAAGAUUAUUCAUCUUGUUGCAAUGGAUGUAGUUGAAGCAUGGCUUGUUGUCUCAUCAAACAUUUCCAAGGCACUAACAUAUUACUCACAAGAAAUUGAAAGCAGCGCCCCGGAUUUACAAAAAGAAUUCAGCUCUCUAGGUGAGGCUGUACUAACAAUUUUUAAGAGUAAAGAUCUUAAUGCGUUCGAGAAACAAUUGAAAUUCGUAGAAUUGAUCAAACAAGCUCUUUCUCUUAAGAAGCGCGUGGAUGAAUUCGAUGACAAAUGCUUAAACUACAACCUUCCAUUAUUUCUUGGUGAUGGUGAGCAUGAAGAUGAUCAAUCUUUCAAGAAUUACUUGAGAUAUUUACACAAGUUUAUGAAGUAUUGGAAGAGAGAAGCCGAAAAGAGAAGAGAGAAUGGAGGAAAAAGCUUGAUUGAAAGGCUUGAUGAAUCUGAAAAAAAGAAUGCAUUUGAGUACAUAAAGAUGUCGUUGAUUUUUGUUGGUUCAUAUUUGUCUGAUCUCAUCAGUGAAUUUAUUCUGGUGAUUGUGAUUUUGGGUGAUAGGAAUGAAAUAAUGAAGAAUCUUGAAGAUUUCAAAGCUAUGAUAAAACUACUAAGUUUGGAUAAUGAUGAGAAAAAUUCAAAUUCCAUUGUGAUCAAGAGUUUGGUAUCUGUGAUCCAAUUGACAAAAACAAUGGUGAAAAAGAAUAAGCGUUUGGUUUUGCCAAAACCGGGGAAGUUAUUAAGUGAUGAUGGCGACAUAGAGUUCGAGUUGCUUCGAAUGAUACUUAAAGAAGUUUUGUGUGUUGAAGUUGUUUUUUGUUGUCCUAAGAUGACUGAGGUUUUGACAGAUAAUCCAUACAUAUUACAUGGAUCUUCUCUUCAUAAAUACUUUACGGACAGAUUGAUGGCUUUGGAUUUGAAGAUGAAUGAGCUGAGGGCGCAAACAUAUUUGCUGCCUCCUAUAAAUGAAGAAACCAAAAAGAAAUUGAAAGUUCUUAUACAAACAAUAGAUGAUGGGUACCAAAACAUAUGGAAGAAACUUGAUCUUAACUCAACAUCAGCAGCAGCAGCAUCAUCAUCCUAAUAAUUUGUUUUGUGUUCGAGUUUCAAGUAUUCUAAGGAUUCUGUUUUGGGGUUGAAAUGAUCUGCACCAAAGGCCAAGUUACAUGGCUGCUGUUAAGUCUAUCAAAAGUAAUCACUUUUAACAGAAGAAAAAAAAAAACAAAAGUAUAUACGAAAAAUUUAAAGCACAAAUUAAUGUCAUAUGGACAUAAAAGAAGCUAGCUACAAGUUUUUUAUGGAAUAAACUUUACUUGACUGCCUUCACUGCUCAAUGCUCAUUUUUCUGCUCUCUAUUAGAAUAGAUUAGUGUUGUUUAAUGAGGAUUAUUGGUUUGAGAAUUAUAAACCAAAUUUGCACACAGUGUAAGCCAUUUCAAAAGCUAUAUGGGCAGCUCACUAAUGAUGUCUUUUCACCAAUCUUGAAUUCUUACAUAAAACUCUCUAUUUCAUGGCUUUCAUACUAAUAAUUAAUGUCCUUAUUGGUAAAAGAGACACUGAUCAAAUUGGAAAGAAUCUGAUAUGAAAUUUGAUGAUCAAUAUUGCUCAGGGAUGAAGUUCAUGACAAUAAGAAAUGGCUCUUUGUAAGCCAAAUGUUCUUUCUUUUAUGCUAAAGUUUCAUCACCAAUGUAUAACAACAUGACGGUGUAAGUCUUAAUUUGUUAGCUAAUGAUAAAUCUCUAGUUAGUUUUUUUCGAAAAUGAUCUCACCUGAUAGCACAUCGCAUUCCCAGCCUUACAAGUAAAGGAUAAUUGCUCUGUAAAAAUCGCAACUAAAAUGCCUGUGAAAGCAGUUCCUCAACAUGCAUUUGGAAGUAACAGCCUAACUAAGUGUUAAUUUGUUAAUUUAAGUGUUAAUUUGUUAAUUUAUAAAGCUCGAUCAUAGGCUUUUAGUCAUCGCAUACAGACAUCACUUCUCAACUCGAUCAUAGGCUUUUAGUCAUCGCAUACAGACAUCACUUCUCAACUCGAUCAUAGGCUUUUAGUCAUCAUACUAUUACUACUGACAUCAUCUCCAUCAUUCUCAAUAAGAUUUGCUUGUGUUUUAGUUUCAUUUGAGAGUACCAAUGGGGUGAAUAAUGUUGAUGAAUACUUAUUUCUUGAACUGUCAUCAAAAGUUUUGUAUCUUUGUGAUUGAAAAAGUGCAAACUCUUGUUACUAUUAAGACAAAGAAAUUGAAAAAUCUCCAUUGACUCAAUGAAAUGUUACCACACUAAUUUUAGGGCAUCAAAAAUAUAAUAAAAUAUUCUUGAAUUAAACAAAAAUAAUCAAAAUUAAGUACCUCACAUAAACUCAAAAUCAUACUAAAGUUUCAUAAAUAACUCUGGUAAUCAACACUAAUCUAAAGUCAUUAACAUAUAGGAUCUUGUUGAGUCCAUAACCCAUGAACCCCAUCUCCCAAAACUUUUCUCAAACACUUCAACUCCUUAGAAAGAUGAUCAUACUCGAAUUGAAUAACAUACUUGCGCACAACAGUAAUUACAUCUUCAACUUUCUUCAAUUUCUCCUCAAAAACAUUAUCAACUAGAUGCCUUGACAUAGAGAAUAACACAUCAUUUGUAAGCAUCAUAGGAAAAUCAGGACUACAAAAGCUCACCUCCAAACGAAGAACUUCAAUAAUGAUAUGAUGAACUACAUAGUCUUCUAUUUCAUCACUAAGAUAAAACACUCUAUCACCGCCUUUGUCAACGCUCUUUUCGCUAUUCAACAAGGGUCCUUCAAGGUCCAAAGCCUUGAUAAAAAAUUCCACCAUUAAUACAACAUGACUCAUAGCAAGAGAGCUACAAAUUUUUCCUUCCAAAGAUAAGCAUUCGAUGACAGUUUUAAGCUCUGAAAGACUAAGGGAAACAAUUCUGUGACUUGCAUUGGAAGCAACAACGAGUAAAAAGACAUAAUCAAUGAGGAAGGUAGAGAUUUUAGUGCCAAGUUUAAAAAGAGAAUUCUUUAAAGAAGUGAAAGCAAAAAGACCAUCUUUAUUACUUGGAUUUUUCAAGUCAAUCAUUCUCAUCAAUUCAAUCAAAUUGAAAUACCCUUUUGCUCUGUUCAUCUUGGUUUGUUUUCUCCAAGUUGAUUCAAUAAACUCAUUCAAUCUUUGAACAUAGAUGUUUAGAGGUUGCUUUGUCUUGUUUUGGUGCCUUUUUGGUAUGUUGUACUUUUGAAACCUCUCUUCACACUUAUCCAAAUACUCAAUUUGUCUCUUCAUAUCAAUCUUCAAAGAUUCAAUAUCAGCCACAACACGAUUGAGUUGUUUCACAUUUGUUAUUUUCUUCUUAGAAUGAGGUUUGAGACAUUCUUCAUUCAAUUUCGAAAGAUUUUCAAACAAUCCGCCUUGUAAACGUAAACCCUUCUCUUGAAGUUUCUCAAUCUCACCUUCUUUCACUGAACCGCUGCGUUUGUAAUUAUCAAAUUCUUUUAGUCUUGUAAUGAGCUUCUUCCAUAAAUCAUGGACCUCCAAAUCAUCCAUAAUUUGACAAAAAAGAAAAAAAGAAAUCUUAAUUUGUUGAUCUCAUACAAAAGUGUUUAGAUUGAUGAAAAAUAAGUCUACAUAGUAAUAAUAUGCUCACGGAACUAAAACUAUAUUAAUCUCAUAAAAA